GCCAGACUGGCUGUACAGAGCAGUGUAGCAUGGAGAGACUGAGAAGAUGAAGAGCUUGAAGUAUAUAGAUUUCUUCUCAGUUGAAAAAUAAAUUCAUUAAAAUUCUUCAUAUCCAGUGGAAUAAAAGAAAACUAAAGCUGAGAUGUGCUCCUGCCAUAGUAAUUGACCAUCAGAACUGAAAUGAAGACAGAAUUAACCCCUUCGCCAGAUGGGCAGUUCAGAAGGGCGUCAUCCAGAAGGAAAGCUGUCAACAAUAUCUGUUCCCUUGUGUGCAAGAGACCAAUAGGCUAUUUUCCAGAUAGUGCUGGGGACAUUUAUAGGACUAAUUUGGAAAUUAUAAGGAAGCUUGUGUGUAAGAAAAACACUGUAUUUCGAAGGGUCUGGACAAAACAUUCCAAAUUGGCUAUUAAUUAUGCUAAAGGAAGAAUAUAUUUUGAUAAUUUCCGUGGCUGCUUCAACAGUACUGCAGCAGUACCACAACAGAUGUAUGAAAUGCCCAGGUGUUCAAAGUUAGAAAAAAUUGAAGAUGCACUGUUGUGUGAAUGCCCAUUGGGAGAGUCUCUCCCACAUCCUUCUGAUUAUACCUCGUCAUUAUUGGCUGUUACUGGUCAAAACUUUCUGCUUCGUAUCUCGGCAGAUACUGGAGCAAUACUUGAAAAGAUUUAUCUUGGUUCAUACAGAAAAUUCAGGUAUAUUAAUUGGGAUGGUCCUCAAGAGACUUUAGUUCUUAAGUCGAUUCAGACAAAAUCUGCCACAAUGAUCCACGAGGUGAGUGCUUGUAAGCUGCCUAUAUGUUUACGGCAUGACUUGUAUCCUAUUAGAAGCCAGUGUUAGUUUUAUUGGCUUUGUAUCUCUUUCAUACAAUUGUUUAAAUAUUUCUGUGAUCUAAUCACAGAUGAGUCUGUCAUGAUUUAUUCUGCUUUCUUCUUAUUUAAAAAGAAUUUAACACCUCUUUGUUAGACUUUAUCAAUGGUUUUACUGAACAAAUAUAUGUAACGGAUCUCUAUGAAAACUGAUCUCUGUUAAGACUGUGCUCUACUGGACUUUAUUAUUUGUUUGGAUAGCACUGUCUGUAAAGGGAGUAGGAAUCAGUAAUUCUACUUUCUAGAAUAUACUAUUCCGGAGUUUUCUCUUUACCCUGCAAGCAGUGGCGUAACCAGAUGUUGCUGGGCCCCACAGCAAAUUAAUUUUAGGGCCCCCAACAUAUCCAGUGUUUGUCCUGUUUUACCAAUAUAUGUUCAAAUUGCUCAUCAAUGAGAGCCUCAUGGGGCCCCCUGUACCUCCUGGACCCCCCUGCAGCCGCAGGGUCUGCUUCCUCUGUAGUUACGCCCCUGCCUGCAAGUAAAAAUGCUUAGAUUUGCUGUGUACAUAAGUAGUGGUAUAUAAAUAAAAAUAUACAUACAUAAUUUUUUUCUCUUUUGUAAGUAUUAGGGCAGGAGUUCCAUCCAGACAAUACCUCCUCACACCAUGCUUAGAAGAAAUGUAGAAAAAAUUAACAACCCAGAGCUCACCCAGGUUGACUGUGACGAGGCCACAAAAACUAUGUACAAAAGUUUGAUAGCAAUGAGGGAUAGAUUGAUACAAUACAAAGUAUUCCACCAGCUCUACACAACCCCACUUAAACUAAAGGCAAUGGGUAAAAAGGACAAUUACACGUGCCCCAGGUGUGGUACCCCAGUAGCCAACUUUCUUCACAUGAUCUGGUCUUUCCCAGUAAUAAACACCUACUGGUUGCAAGCAAUGGCUUCUUUAGCAACCACCCUAGAAUUCCCACAAAUACUCCCAUAAUAUGUCUCCUGGGUGUCGUGAAACACCUAGUGCCCACUACUUAUGCAAGAUUGAGAUUUAGGGCACUGUUGUUCUAUGCUAAAAAAAAGUGUAAUUAUGCACUGGAUGGGACCCACCCCUCCCACAAAGGACUCUUGGAUAAACUUAGUCAAUUCUACGAUACCCAAGAUAAAGCUCAAGUAUGAAGUGAGAGGCACAGCAGAUGAAUUUGAGAAGGUAUGGAGUCUUUGGUGGGAAAUGGGCCCGGGUGCGCAACCAAGAGAUGUUAUGCAACCUGAUAAUGCAUCUUUUUUACUUUGUACCUGUAAUGACUUCCAAGACUAAUUCAACCUCAAAAUAAGCUGAAACCUUUGAAAGUAAAUCAUCCAAUACCAGUGACACAUGUUUAACUGCGCACAUGUUUAUUGAUCUAGUAUUUUUUUUUGUUUUAAUGUUUAUUAAAACAAAUAAAACAUAACCUAUAAAAAAUUUAAAAAAAAA